AUGCUCUGGUCGCUCUGCGUCGUCGCCCUCCUGUGGCUCCGACAUGCUCAAGCAGCCGCGUGGUUCCCAGGCGUCGACCACCGCUACGUCGACGAGAAGCUCAUCGACGCAGGCCCACUCGGCCUCCCCUCGAACGGCAUCGUCGCCGCUUUCGCCGACCUCAACGGCGACGGCCUCGUCGACCUCGUCCACCUCGGCGCAGACCAGCGCACCCUCUCGUCCUUCACGUGGGACCGCCACAAGUACACCUGGAUCGAGCAGGAACACGCCCGCAUCCGCACCUCGAGCGACCUCGUCGUCACCAACGUCGUCCCGGGCGACUUCAACUACGACGGCCGCGUCGACCUCCUCGUCAUGGGCGGCUCCAACCCGGGCGGCUGGUGGGGCAGCGACGACGACAUCGACAUGCGCGUCUACCUCCAGCACGCCAACGGCACCUUUGGCGAGCCUCAACACGUCGACUCGUCCGUCCUCGCUCAGCCGAUGCCGCUUGACGCGACGGGCACCUUGCGCACCGACCUGCUCGGCUUCCCCGCCGGGUCCAAGACGCCGCAGCUGUGGAAGAACGCGUGGAACCAGUCGAAUCGCUCGGCCAUCUUUGAGCUCUCGGACGCCCCGCUCAACGUCUCGUCGUCGCCGACCGGGUCCUUCACCUGCCGAUUCCCCAACCCGCACUUCAACGCCUUUAUCGACCUCGACGGCGACUGCCUCGCCGACCUCUUCUUCAUGUGCCAGGACGGCGACGAUGUCGAGCACCUGUCGUACCAGAUCUGGCUCAACAAGAAGGGCGCGUUCGAGUUUGCGCGAGAGGGCAAACUGCCCAAGGGGACCAAGAGCGUCGGGUUCGCCGACAUGGACCGCGACGGCACGAUCGACAUGGUCAUCUCGUCGUGUACCUCGCCCCGGCACUGCGCGCUCCAGAUCGCCUACAACUCCCAGAUUCCGCUGUGCGACUCGUCUGUGCCGGACCACGAGGCGUGCCGCGACCCCGAGGCGCUGUGCGUCGCCGACCCGCACUUCUCGUUCGACCUGUCGCCGUCGUCGUCGUCCGACUCGUCCGCCUCGAUGACGACGAUCCCGCUGUCGGCGCUCCUGCCAGGGCACGAGCUCGUCGUGCACUCGACGGCGUACCGCGGCGAGUACCCGAUCGCGGCCCAGGUCGGCGACUACAACAUCGACGGGUACCCGGACCUGCUCGUCGUCACGACCAAGGGCCACGACCGCCGCGCGCACAUCCUCCAGAGCCGCCCGUGCGAGAGCGGGUCGUGCACCGACGCCGAGGUGGCGAGGAAAAGGAGGGCGUUCAGGGUCCUGAGCGAGGGAGCCGAGGCGCUCGACAAGAUCACGGACGUCGAGAGCGUCAGCUGGUUCGACGUCGACGACGAUGGCUCGCUCGACAUCCUCGUGCAGCGCCUCGGCAACUCGGGCGCGGCUCGCACGCCCGUCUUCAUCAAGAACAACUACUUCCACGACGCUUUCUUCCUCAAGGCCGAGAUGCUCAACGGCGCGUGCCCUGGGUGGUGCGAGCCGCAAGAAUCGGGCGAGAAGCGGUACAGGCCGUUCGGCGCGAGCUACUCGGGCGCGUCGUUCAAGUUCACCGUCCUCGACCCGACCGGCGCUCGCCGCAGCACACAGUACGGCCAGCUCGCCCAGUCGACCUACGCGUCGCUCCUCACGCCCUACUCGUACUUUGGCCUCGGGCGCACCAACAACUACGUCGAGAACCUCUUCCUCGGUUCGACGCGGCACCAGCCGCAGCAUUGGCUCAACAUCGAGGGUCUCAUUCCCAACUCGCAGCUCCUCGUCAUGCCGCACCAGGAGGACUCGGCGGGCGGCGGCGGCGGGCCGGACGAGUGGACGAGGAUGAUGUUCCUCAGACCCGGCGACUGGAUCCCCUGGGUCAGCGUCGUCCUCGUCGGAGCCAUCAUCGCGCUCGGCGUGGUCGUCGUCGUCCUGCACGUGCGCGAGAAGCGCGAGGACGAGGCCGAGCGCAGGGCGAGGCUCCUCCACCUCAACUUCCAGGCCUUGUGA